AUGUCGGGGAAGUUGCUCUGCGUCGAUCAUAAGGAAGAGUGUCUGGUGGAGGCGGGUGAGCUGAUCAUACGAAAUGUGAGCAAGGAGGUGAUGACAGAGAUUAGAGAGCUCUUAUUUUUCCACUAUAAGGACGACAGAUGGCGUGGUUUGAGAGACGAGGAUGUGGUGUUCAAGAGCGUGGGUAUAGGGAUCAUGGACAUAGCGACUGGGUCAGGUGUUCUCAAGCUCACCCGGCAGAAGCAAAAGGGUUCACUCUCGAUGAUUUCUAGCGGAGCACAAGUAUUCUUUUUUGAGAAGGUGGAGUCCUGGGUCAAGUGGAUGUCGAGAUAG